AUCAUGAUACUGAAUCAUGCGACCCUCUAACUCCUCCAGAGUGUUACGGCCCAUAUAGAUAAAAUUGGUCGGCCCAAUAAAUUAGUAACCCAUAUGAAUAAGGACGUCAACGGUUACUUGUUGGUCAUGAUUCAUGAAACAAUGAGAAUCAACAUUCAAUAGUCUUACCUUAUGUAAAUGUCCUCAAAAUUUUCAUAAACUGGAAAGUAGCCGUUGGAUCAUUGGAAAGAAAAAGGAAACUAAGAAGAAUACAAAUAAGACGAAUCCUUGUUCUUAGAUUUUCAUAAUCUUUGUGGUAUAUUUCUUUCUCUCUGUAAUGAAUCCUAAAAGAUGUGCUGCUUGCAAAUAUCUGAGAAGAAGAUGUCCAAAAGAUUGCAUUUUCUCACCUUAUUUCCCUCCAAAUGAUCCUGAUAAAUUUGCAUGUAUCCACAGAAUCUAUGGUGCUGGCAACGUUUCCAAAAUGCUUCAGCAACUUCCUGUUCAGACAAGAGCUGAAGCAGUUGAAUCUUUGUCCUUUGAAGCAAAGUGCAGAGUAGAAGAUCCUGUUUAUGGAUGUGUUGGGAUUAUUUCUUUACUCCAAACUCAAAUUCGGAAAACUCAAACCCUUUUGGCCAAAACUCAAGCUGAGAUUGCCGUUGCUCAAACCAAACAUAGCCAACACACAAAUCUCUGAACUUAAUGUAAUUUUUCAGUUCCAUCUAUAAUUUUUCCAAAUAAAAUCUCUUAUUUAAUCUCUGUUUCUGAUAUGCAUGACAACGAUAUGUACUUGCUACCAUA